AUGAACGUGAGCCAGGUGACAUCCACGAAAGAGCUGAAGACAGUUACAGCCAAGGAGCUGGAUGGCUGGAUCAUGGAGGUCCUGCAGCCCAGUACGGAUUUCAGCACGCAGGUGAAGAAGACAGUGAAGGAGAUCUGCGACUUCCUGAAGGAGGACUGCUUCGAGACCAACAUCCGUGUUCACAAGACUGUCAAGGGUGGCUCAGCAGGCAAGGGCACAGCCCUGAAGAACAACUCCGAUGCCGAUGUGGUGCUCUUCCUCAGCUGCUUCUCCAGCUACCAGCAGCAGAAGCAGGAGAGAGGGUAUAUCCUGAAUUUGAUCGAGAGGAGGCUGUGCGCCUUCAAGAAGAGACCGACAUUCACCGUGAACAUCAGCAAGCCCCGGUACAAGGGUCCUGACAAUACACCACGCUCCCUCAGCCUCACCCUCUCCUCCACCUCGGAGUCCAUUGAGGUGGACAUCCUACCUGCCUUUGAUGCCUUGGGGCAGGUGAUCUGGGGCGUCCCGCCAGAUGAGGAGGUGUAUGUGAGGCUCCUGAAUGCCAGCAAUGACCCUGGCGAGUUCUCUCCCUGCUUCACUGAGCUGCAGAAGCAUUUUGUGAAGCGUUGCCCUGCCAAGCUGAAGAACCUCCUGCGCCUGGUCAAGCACUGGUACAAGGAGUUGCUGAAGCCACAGUACCCCACUGCAGACUUGCCCCCCAAGUAUGCCCUGGAGCUGCUGACCAUCUAUGCCUGGGAGGAGGGCACAGGCUCUAGCGAGUCCUUCGUCAUGGCCGAGGGCUUCCGUACGGUGCUGGAGCUGCUCUGCCAUCACCAGCAGAUCUGCAUCUACUGGGAGAAAUACUACUCUCUCCAGCACAGUCAGAUUGGCACCUAUGUGAAGAGACUGCUACACAGUCCCCGGGAGCCCGCCCGCCCCCGUUCGCUGCCCUGCGUCAGUACUGCCCAGCCCUGGCCUGUGCAGCCAGCCCGACCCGUGACAAUUGAGGUGAGGCAGUUGGCGGGCACCAGCCUGAGCAGGACCGUCAGCCCGACACAGCAGGAGCCCAGCAGGAACACCCUCAUCCUGCAGGACAACGAGACCCUGGCCACCCACGGCAUCUUCUACAACACCACACUGAUGCUGCUGCACACUGAACCCCAGGUGAUGGAGGUCUUUGUGAAGGAUGACAAGAACCGGACCACCACCUACACAGUGCAGCCCACCGACACUGUUCGGCAGUUGAAGGAGCAGAUCCAAAGCCGACAGGGCCCCUCCGCUGACCAGCAGCGCCUGACAUAUGACUCCAGGGAGCUGGAGGACCGGCACACGCUGGUGCACUACAACGUCCAGCCCAGGAGCACCAUCUUCAUGCUGCUGCGGCUCCGUGGUGGUGUGGGCUCCCAGCACUCCCAGUUCCCUGCCUGCUCACCCUGCUGA